UGUGGUACGCAAUUGCAAUUCUAGAUCGGUUUGGUUGUAGAGUCAAACAUCCAGCCAGUUUCAAAGCUCAGAUCACGUUGGUCUCCCACAAACACUGAACGUGACCUUUGAGAUUUUAUUUAAUAAUGGUCACCAGCCUAACCGACGCGUGUUGAACUUUGUCCGGUCCGCCCGAGUCCGCCGUUAACUACAUCGCUUUUGUCGUAGACCAUUCAUUUUUUGUGCUGCAGUAACUGCAGUAAAUGACUCUCUGUUCAUCAUUCCUCACAUGUUUAUCUUCGCCCGUUGCAUGUCAUCAAUCUGCGCCCCUCGGGGCCUACGAAGAUCUAUACUUGAGUGUCCUUCACAGGUUCCGACGCCCGACAUUGAUUAUGAUAAACCUGGAAGCAGUAAUGCAGCAUUAUUCUUGUCUACAUGACAUCAGUUUCUCUCUGUCUGAAUUGUACCCAUAUUUCUUUUUAAGACCUGCAUCCUGUCUUUGUGCCGUUUGCCACCGAUCGUUACUUGCCAUCUGUCAUUCGCGUGAUGAGGGUGCUCCGUAUAUCGAGCCAUUCAGACGGUAUCUAGGCUGUCUCUCCCAAAAGUCUGCCCUGUUGUCAGGAGUCUUUUGUGCUCCGCAUCCACAAGCCACAUUCAUCACGAUCUUCGAAGAAGAGAGCCUACCCAGGCACGUCUGCCUUGUGACUCAACACUCACACCUACUAGGUAUUUUGGAGGCCAUCAAUGCUACACGCUCAAUGUCGCCCCUGCUUCCACGGUGUUGCCUAAUAACUAAUGUGCUCAUCGCUCAUCGUCCAGCAGACCUUUUAAGCCCGGCGUCAUACCAUAGUAAGCAAUAGGUUAUGCACAUAUGGCCACGUUUUUUGGAGUAGGACGACACCGCCUUGCACGGGGUAUGUACAACGACAUCAUCGUGCGCCCUCACGUGCCAUUUUCAGAUUCCGACUUACUUCUCACUGCCUUGGGUCAUGAUGAUUCCUUGUAGGUUAUCAUGCAUGUAACUUUCCCCAAGCGAUAGCCUUUCAGAGGGCACAGAUAGGCUUGGGCAUCGAAUGUGCAAAACCACGGCGGAAAGAGAGGGAACUGCAAGAACGGGCAUAAAUGCCCCACAUUCAGGAAAAUUCAACGC